GUGGAGGAACGAAAUGCGGAGAGAAAACGGCGUCUAGAAGGAUGCUGCUGCUUGUACAAUGGAAGUGAAGGACUCUUUUGCCGUCGUUGCGGUGGUUUGUCUCUUCUUUUGCUGCAGUUUCUGCCAAGAACUCAAGCCCAAAGGCAAGAAUGUAUGCAAAGCACCGGGGUCGUCAGGAUUGCUGUGUUGCAGCGGUUGGGGGCAGCUAGGGGACGAAUGCCUGACACCUCUCUGUGAAGGCAACUUCACCUGCAAGGAAAAUGAGGUGUGUGUCAGGCCAAAUGAAUGUCGCUGUCGCCAUGGAUACUUUGGAGCUAGCUGUGACACCAAGUGUCCCGCACAGUUCUGGGGUCCUGACUGCAAAGGGAAAUGUAUUUGCUACCCAAACGGCCAGUGCGAUGACUUGACCGGCCAGUGUACCUGCAACCACAACCGCUGGGGACCGAACUGCGAGAAUGUGUGCCUGUGCCAAAAGGGCAAAUGUGAUCAAGAGACAGGCAAAUGCACAUGCCACCCUGGUGCCUGGGGUCCCCAGUGCAACAACAACUGCUACUGCAGCAUCAACUCCGUCUGUGAUGCGAUGACAGGUCGCUGCCAGUGCAACCCCGGCUGGACGGGGAGGAACUGUGCAAUCCAGUGUAGUUGUAACAACUCACCAUGUGAGCAGUUCACGGGACGCUGCCAGUGCCGUGAGAGGCUGUGGGGCCAACGGUGUGAGCGAUACUGCCAGUGUGUCCACGGUAAAUGCAACCAAGCCGAUGGCUCAUGUACGUGCACUCCAGGCUACCGUGGAAAGUUCUGCAGGGAACCUUGUCCUGCUGGAUUCUAUGGACAGAACUGCAGGAACAGAUGUGGACACUGCAAGGGCCAGCAGCCUUGUAAAGUUACAGAGGGACGCUGCAUCACCUGUGACAGAGGCUGGAACGGGACACGGUGUGAUCAGCUCUGCUCCAAGGGCUUCUUUGGCGAAAACUGCCAGGAAGUGUGUCCCACCUGUAAGGACGGUCACCACUGCGACCCCAUUCAUGGCAAGUGCUCCCACUGUAACCCUGGCUGGAUUGGGGACAGGUGCGAGGUGCGCUGCCCCAAUGGCACAUAUGGAGAGAACUGUGAGAACAACUGCAGUCACUGUUAUAAUGGCAUCUGUCACGUUGUCACCGGAGAGUGCCUCUGUGACCCGGGGUUUUAUGGCACCUACUGCAAUAUGACCUGUCAACCUGGCCAGUACGGAGUGAACUGCAAUCAAACUUGCUCUUGCCAUGACAGGGACUGUGAUCCUGUGUCUGGGGCCUGCUAUCUUCAGCCCAACCAGCGGAUGGGUGUGAUUGCGGCUGGAACGCUGGUCUCGUUUUUACUGAUUGUCCUGCUCUCGCUGCUGUGCUGCUGCUGCCUGUGUCGACACAAAGAUGACCACAAUCCUAACCAAGACAACUCUACCAACAGCAAAAAAGCCAAGCGGAUCCUGUGUGGACGAUUCAGCCGAAUCAGCACUAAACUUCCCCGUAUUCCACUGAGGCGACAGAAACUGCCCAAAGUAGUCGUAGCCCACCAUGAUCCAGACACCUUUAACUGCAGCUUCAUCGAACCCCCUUCAGUGGCCGAGCAGCCCUCCCCUACCUCCUGGUCAUCCCAGGAGUCCUUCUCUUCCUUUGACAGUGGAGAUGAGGGGCCAGUUUACUGUCUACCCCAUGAAGAAUCUGUGAAUGAAAGCAAAGAGAAGUGCAGCCCCAGCCCAGCGAUGGAUAAGCCAGAAGCCAUCACCAAUGAGGAUGAUGCGGGAGAGUAUACCUCUCUGAAAGACACCAGUAUCACAAAGCCAGAGGGCAAUGAGCAGCCCCCGAUCAAGUCAUCUGACAGUGAAGGGUCCACCAGUGGUUCUGAGUCCACAACUGCAGCGCUCUAUGCCCGCAUAGCUCGCCUCUCCAAGCAGUCCAAAGAGGAUGAUGGAAGUGGAAAGAAUUGGGAUGGAACUCCUACACCAGAGGCCAAGCGCAAUGGAAAACCACCACCUUCACCUGGUAAGCCAAAACCACGUCCACCAGACCCAUCCACCAAGCCCAAGAUAUCAUGGAUACAUGGAAAUACUCCAGGGUCUCCACAGCCAGAACAGCAGGGGCAGGGGUGCAUGAAGGCACUUGCAGUGCCUAAGGAGAAAAAGAGAAGCUCAAGUGAUUGCUCAGCCAAGAGUGAGGAGCGUCAGAAAAUGAAGGAAAGAAACCGUGAGCAACAGAAGAAACAGGAAGGAAAGGCAGCAGAUGCCAAUGACUCCCCCAGUAAACACAAAUCUCUGAGAAGUAAGAAGUCAGGGGAUGAACACAGCAGUCCCAGUCACAUGGAACACAUUAAUGGUGUAGUUCAGAAUGCCCUGAAGAAGAUUAGUAAUUUCCACAGUUCCUCGUCCGAGAAGAAAAGUUCAAAUGACAAUCCAAAGGAGACCUCUAAGGAGCCACCCAAGAGCCCCAAGGUAAUCCAUCCCCAUAUGAACUCUGAGGCUGCCACACUGCUGGCUGCUCAGCUCAAGGAGAAAACCCAAAGUAUCAACAGGAACGAGGGGACAGGCUUGACGAAGACCAAUGGUUUCUCUACGCCCAAGGGAGCCCGGGAGAAGCCGACACCUCCACAGAAAGCCAAGAGGAACCCUUCCAGUGGAUUGAGCCAACAGGGCUCCUCCAAGCCCCUGCUGCCCACCUCAAACAGCCUCCAGAAAAUGGUGACGCCUGUUUCUUCUGACAUGGGGACUGCUGAAACCAAGAGCCCAGAGAAGCAGGACUUGAAUGGCUCAAGGUCAGGGGACCCUACGUUGGAUACUACACCAAAGAAAACCCCAAUGAAAAAGCCCCCACGGAAGAAAGGCAAGGAGGGUACUUUGGAUACACCCGAAAUCAAAACGCCACAGCAAAAGACAGCCAUCAUGCCACCACAGAUAGUGAAGUAGGUGUUUUUAACAAUAAACGGCACGAAGAUUGUGACACAUUUCAGAAAAACUUUAAUGGAUUUGUUGGAAUUCGUCAUUUUUCAGACAAGGAAUUUAAACUUUUCCUAUGCGAGUGUGCUGUGACUUCAAGACCACUCAAGAGUGACAGAUGCUUUUAAAUUGAUGGCAUAUUGGUGAGUUGUAUUAUAAUGACCUCUAUACACAAUUAUAUUACAUUUCAAGAUUUCAUUUCUUUUUUUUUUUACUAUGUAUCAAUUUCACAUCACAACCUGUGGCCAAGCCGGACACAACUGUGAAAACAGUGGCACUUAUACAUUUUUCAUUAUUCAUCGCCAUCCCGCUGCAGUAUGUCCACCACUAUAUUUAUAUAUGAAUUGCUUUUGAGGUUGCAUAAAUAUGAUUUGCUAUGCAGAAGAAAAUAGCUAUUUUUGUGAAUGCUCUCCACAGGUACUAAAGGUACUAAAAGUAACAAGAAAAUUUGAAUCCUCUAAGGAUUGCAAGCUACUUUUUUUUAUUGCAUUGGACCAAAAUGCAGCGUCAGUUUUUUUGUUGUCAAGGUCAUUCUUUUCAGAUGAAGGAUUUCUUAAAUAUUGUCAGUUGAGCUCAACACAUUCACACUUUCAUUGUGACUUGUUGGAGAACUUUGUCUUUAGCAAAUAAAACCCAUUUUAUCCCCUUCUCCCUGUUGCUAGCACAACAGCUUUUCAAAAUUCUACCCCACAUUCUCAGAAAUGUUCUUCAAUCAACGUAAUUUUGAACCCCAAACUGCACAAGUUAUGUUCUAUGCUUCAAUGGUAUGUUCAAGGCUCUUCCAUACACUAAAAUAGCAUUUUAGAUCUAAGGUCUUAGGUCUCUGUUGUUUAGUUCCAUCGCACAUGUUAUGUUGAAGGCCAAACAACCUUUUUCAUGUUUCUGCAGAAAAUGGCUAUUUGAAACCACUUCCAUACUUUUGCUAACACCAAAUCCCCAGAAAGUGCUCUUACUGUAUGUUUUUACUCAGUCAGCUAAACCACUAAGCCAAAAAUGAUACCCACGCUAUCCAUGCCCUCACUUAAUGUCAUGCUAAUAAAUCACUUUGAAGUUACAUAAUUUCUCUGAAUUACAGCCAAAUCUGCAGUUUCCCUGUGCUGCAUAUAAGAAAACAAAUGGUACAGGUCAUUAUAAUCCAGUAAAACGCAAAGUAGUGGCUGUUUUGGUGUUGUUCUGUACAGGUGAGGAGGAGACCACCGUUUUUUGUUUUGCUAUUUUAACUUAGAAAAGAAAGUAGGUCAGUACAUAUGAGCUGUGUUAUCAUUUCACAUGUAUUUGUAUAUGCAAAUAGACUUUUAAGUGAAAAAAGAAAUGUAUGUCCAAUAAUGAUCACAUUACCUUAAGCUAACGUAACAAGGUGCUUUAAUCUCAAUGUUGUUCUUAUAGGUUAUGAGACUAAAUGGUACUGUGCAUUGAGUGUUAAAAUCUGCCUCAACUGUGGACCAGUUUAAGUGGAGUUGACCUAAAUGUUGCUACCAACUUUUAUUCAAGUGAUUACUCUAAUACCAGUCAGCCAAAAAAGGUAAGCCUUUAAGUGGGACAAAGCUAUUUUAAAAGUAGCACUUAAAACAUGAGCUUUGGCAAUGUGCCAGGAGGUUAAACAUACAUAAAGGUAAUAUUUUGGACAAAUUUAUAUUUUACAUUCAAGGCUGAUUUGAACUAAAUGAACCAUGGUUUUAUAUAAUUUUAUCAAGGUACGUCACAUUCAUCACAUUUCUUAUUUUUUUUGUUUUUCAACUUGUUCUACUUGUAUACAUUGUGUACUUUUUAUUGUCCUUGUAAGCUGUGCUUAUAUGACUUUUUUGGUCCCACUGUUUUCUUUUUUUUUUGUUUUGUUUUGUUGUCAUUGAACUGGCCUUCUUUUGCAUUUGCUUUUUUGUUUGGUAUGUCACUUAUUUUGGAGUCUGUAGCAAACCUACGGUAUGAGUACCUUCCUCCUGUGAAGUUUACAGCAGCUUUGUCAUUUUUUCUCUGUUGAUGCAAUUGUUUGUGUAACACUUAACUCCAUGAUGCAGAGUGUAAUAUGGAAUUAAUUGCUGCGCAGGAAUUCUGUAAUCUUCCUGUCUUGUUUUUUUUGUUUUUUUUUGCCUCACAUUAAAAAAACAGUUCAUACAGAAAGAAUUGCACAGUACUACUAUGAUACCACUGUUGAAACCUUUGCAUAAUAUACGUAAAACCAUAACAUUGUGUAGUUACAGUAUGAAGAGGAAACAUUUUUCUAUCUGACUGGCCUGUGCAUUUAUUCAUAGGCUUAUGGAGCAUUUUUAUAAAGAGGGGCCUGCUGCAAAA